CUUCCCCUUCCACCUUGCGUCUCAAACUCUUCCGUUCUCGCCAGCGGCCAUGGAAACCUAAAGCCGCGAUUCUCCAAACAACCUGACGAUGUCCAUCGAGACGCUCGCUCAUCUGCCGCCGUAGUGAGGGUCGUUUCCAUUCGGCCUACCUUGCUCUCUUUGAUAGCUGGUUUCUCCAUCGUACUGCCCGAUUCGGUGCUUGCGAUUUGCUCUGAGUUGAUCGAUCUGAGAAUGGAGGCGAAGGAGGCAUCGGCCGCACCAGGGGCGGCAGCCUUGCCCGAGACGAAGGAUGGUCCGGUGAGUGACGAAGGACAUCCGCUAGAUGCUGAGAGUUUGGCCAAGGCGGCUGCCUUCCUGUUCCAGAGCUCCCGACUCCAGGACUGCUUACAUGUGUUGAAUCAACUCCUACAGAAGAAGCAGGACGAUCCGAAGAGAAUUGUUCUUCAUGUGUGCCUCCUGCUACUGGAUGUUUGCAUUAGCCUGCCGAGAUGCUUCAAACGCUGCAGGCAAGGAGAAAGUGGAAGCAACAUUCAACCUCAGUCUAACCAUGGAUUAAAAUUUUCUGGUAUAAAUAACAUCCCUGCUUCAAAUGUGUGCAGUACAGAUUUUAGUGGCAGCGUAAAUGCUCAAGAAAGUGCUUUGACAAGAACUUUAUCAGAUGAGACACUAGAAUAUGAGACUUUAUGUUCAACAUUGGAUAGUGGUACUUAUAACUUGGAGAGACCUACUACUAAUGCUAACUCAAAAUUAGCAGCUGUAGCUUCUGCCGUUGAUUUAAAGCUAAAUUUGCAUCUUUACAAGGUCCGACUACUGCUGCUUACAAGGAACCUGAAGGCUGCAAUGCCGGAAAUUAAGCUCGCUAUGAACAUAGCACGCUUUGGGGAUUCAUCUGUCACUUUUGUUAAAGUCUCAGUUAGAAUAUGCUCGUGGAAACCAUUGAAAGGCUAUAAAACUAUUGAUGACAUCCAGUAGCAGGUGUGAUCCAGGAAUGCUUUGUAUAUUCAACAACAAUAUGGGGUGCAUAUAUCACCAGCUUGGGAAACAUCAUACUUCAGCGUUGUUUUUCUCUAAAGCAUUAAAAUGCAGCGAGUCUCUUCGGUGUAAGAAAUCCCCUGAAGCUUUCUACUUUUUCUCAAGAUAAAUCACUAUAUAUACUAUACAACUGUGGUUUGCAAUACUUGCUAUGUGGAAGGCCAUUGGUUGCAGCUCGGUGUUUUGAUAAAACCUGGCCAAUCUUUUACAACAUUUGAAUGCUGCUUGUCAGCUCUGGAGAAAGGUCUUCUAAGGAAAAAUGGUUCAUCAUUUGAGGGUGAGGAGGUUAAAGUUCAUAUAGUUGGAUUGGGUAGAUGGAGAAGAUUGUUGACUGAUGAGUAAUGGUGACUGUACAGUCAACUUCAUAUACUGAAUAAAAGUGAAAUGAUACAGUCAACUUCUUCACUCUCUAGGAAGGAAGCAGAUGAUUCCAACUAGGCAACUUCUGCAAGUGCCAAGAACUUGAACCACAAGAAUAUAUUGGUUGGUGAUUCAAAAGCAUCUAAUGUCACAUCGGCCUCCAUACCUGCUAGUAAUGGUGACUUCAAAGAAACCAAGGCAGGUAUGAUCUUGAGCACUAGGUUGGAGAGCUCUCUUUCUUCUUACGAGGAAAUAUGUGGAAAAGAAAUCAACAUAAAGCAGGCUGUGCUAGGGAACCUAGCUUAUGUGGAAUUGUGUCUAGGAAAUCCAUUGAAAGCAUUAUCUGCUGCAAAAGAGACAAUGUAGACAUGUCAGAUUCUUUCCUGCUCCUGUAACAAUCGGUAGUAGGUGACUGUACAAAUGCUCAGGUGAUUACCUUAUACUAGAAGUUUGUACUGUAUCAGAAUUAGGGAUUUAUGUACCCCCACAGAUAGCUGUUUGUAGAAUAAACGUUCUUACA